AUGUCGAUCGAUGGCGCGCUCGCGGCGUUUCGAGAGCACGUGACGACGUCGUUGAAAGAGCUGGGUGAUCACUUGGCGUGCGCGGUGUGCCUGUCGCUGCCGAAGACGCCGAUAAAGCUUGGGUGCUCGCACUACCUGUGCGACGAGUGCGCCAAACGCGUCUUCGGGAAUAAGAAAUCGACGUGUCCGACGUGUCGAACGCCGUGCACGAAGCGGGAGAGUCGGAUGGACGAGCGAAUGAAGUCUAUCGUCGAUUCGUUUACGAACGUCUUGGCCGCCGUGAGCGGUGCGAUGGGUGAGUGCGAUGAGCUCCCGUUUGGUUCUCAAAUUCCAAAGGAGCAAUUGGAGCUGCACGGCGCCGUCGCGCAGAGAAGGACGAGCAUGUCGCUCGUGAAGGGGCUGCGAGCGGGUAUGCCCGGUGAAUCGACUCUGAGACGGGCGGUGGAGAUGAUUUGGGAGGAUAAGGAGACUGAGAGGACGCAGGGAAGGACGAAGGAGCGCGCGUCGACGUCUCAAGCGUGCGAAACGGCCGAUGCGGAGCCAAUAUAUGCGACAUGGAAUGGGCCGCUGAUCGAUCCGAACGCCGAGGUCGAAGGCAUUACGUGCGCGUUUUGUAAGCGAGGGAGCGAAGUCGGUGAGGCCGUCGUCGCGUUCGAGGAGAAAGUUUCAGGGAAGAAGAAGGUUGAGUACUGUCACGAGACGUGCGCGAUGUGGGCUCCUCUCACGACGAGCGCCGCCGACGGCUCGCUCGUAAAUGUGUGCAAAGAGGUUCAUCGCGCCAGGCGACUGAGAUGUGGCGUGUGCAAGAAGACGGGCGCGCCGUCUGGAUGCAAGAUCGGCACGUGCAGGCAAUCCUUCCACAUUUGGUGCGCUCGAUUGCAGCACGGUACGACGUUCGACGAACAAGGCUUCUCUGUGACGUGUCCGGUGCACUCGAUCACGCCUACCACGCCCUCAGCGAAGAGAUCAUCGCAGGCGCCUUUUCUGUCGACGUCGGCAAAACAUCGACGACUCGGUUCGAUCGGUCCGUCGGACACGAGCUAUGAGAUGGUCGCGCUUACGAAACCAUCCAUCGCUGGAUCGUUCCUGAACGACGAAGAGAAGAAGACGAUUGAAAAGUUUUGUGCAAAAUUCGAUUGCGAGUUCGAACAAUCGGUCAGCGAUCGGACGACGCACGUGGUGAUGUCAAAGAGUAAGAUCAAUGCCGACCGGUGCCUUAAGAAACGAUCAGACAAGUUUUUUGGUGGACUCACGCGCGGUUGCUGGAUUGUCUCGUCUACGUGGCUUCAAGCCAGUCUCAAGGAGAACCGUAUCGUGGAUGCGGAAGAUCACGAGGUACUGGGUGAUACACGCGGGAACCAAGGCGGACCUCGUCGAGCGCGUCUGAACAAGGGUGUGAAGAUAUUCUCAGACACGCACCUCAUCUAUCUCGGCAAAGUUCAGAGCCAACAGCAGCUCGAGACCAGCAUGCAGCUUGCUCGAGUUGAUGGCGCCAUCGUCACGAGAAUCGAAGACGCGAAGAUCUCUUCGGAUGAAUUGAGCGAAGUUCUGAACUUGAACGACACGUCGCGCGUCGUGGUUGUCGUUAACGAGGAGCAAUCGAACAAGGCGGCGCGAGCGCGUUACGCCGAAGAAUUCAUUCCCUUUGCGAAGCGACUGUCCAAGGCUGCCGAGGCGAUCGUCACCCACGACUUCGUCCUCGACUCUGUCUGUCGCCGCGAGGUGAUGGACUUGGGAGAUCGUUCUAUCGAAGCGCUGGAAAGCGCGUGA